UUCAAGCCCAAUUUAAAUCCCUCCCAUUUCCAUUCCAUUCUCUCUCACUCUCUCUCCACCACCACCACCAACUCCUUCCCAUUUUCCCUCUCUUCUCAUUUAUUCCCUCCACUCUCCAUUUCUCUCCUCCCCCUUUAUUAUUGCCCCUCACGGGGAUGUGUUGGGGCCUCUGAGAGGGACAGAGAGGAGAGGGAGAGAAGAAGAAGGAGAAGCAGAGGAAUCCAUGGUUGAUUGUUCUGCAGUAGCAAGAACAAGAACAAGAAACCACAUUGCAUCAACCCCAGCAAGAACCAGGACCAGGACCGGAACGACCAUGGCCUCUUCUUCUCCCUGUCUGACUGGUGGCGAGAAAAAGCACUGGUGGCUCACCAACCGAAAGGCUGUGGGAAAGUACAUCAAGGACGCUAAGAACCUGAUGGCGAGCCAAGAGCCGAGCGAGAUCGCGUCGGCGCUGAGCCUCCUCGACUCGGCCCUCGCCCUGUCGCCUCGGCUCGAGCUCGCCCUCGAGCUCAGGGCGCGGUGCCUCCUCCAGCUCCGGCGGUUCAAGGAGGUCGCCGACAUGCUCCAGGACUACAUCCCCAGCCUCAAGCUGGCCAGCGACGACACCACCUCGUCGUCCUCCACCACCUCCUCGUCGUCGUCGUCGUCGUCGGACGGGUCGUCGCAGCAGCUGUCGAGGGAGCGGGUCAAGCUGCUCUCCUCCCCCGGGUCGCCGGGCCGAGAUCCGGCCUUCAAGUGCUUCUCCGUGUCGGACCUGAAGAAGAAGGUGAUGGCCGGGCUUUGCAAGAACUGCGACAAGCAAGGGCAGUGGAGGUACAUGGUUUUGGGCCAGGCGUGUUGCCACUUGGGCCUGAUGGAGGACGCCAUGGUCCUCCUCCAGACCGGGAAGCGCCUCGCCACGGCGGCCUUCCGCCGCGAGUCCGUCUGCUGGUCCGACGACAGCUUCUCCCUGUCGGACCUCCCGAUCCCCGCCGAGAUCGCGAGCCCGGGCACCCCGCCCCAGGAUGGCGCGGCCUCGUCCGAUCCUGAGUCCGUCAACCAGCUACUGAGCCACAUCAAGCUCCUCCGCCGACGCCGCGCUGCAGCCCUCGCUGCGCUUGAUGCGGGCCUCCACUCCGAGGCCAUCCGCCACUUCACCAAAAUCGUUGAUAGCCGCCGUGGCGCCGCCGCCCCCCAGGGGUUCCUGGCUGAGUGCUAUAUGCACCGCGCCUCCGCAUACCGCUCUGCAGGCCGGGUCGCGGAGUCCAUCGCGGACUGCAACAGGACCUUGGCCCUCAACCCGACCUGCAUCCAGGCCCUGGAGACCCGAGCCCAGCUCCUGGAGGGAAUCCGGUGCAUCCCAGAUUGCCUCCACGACCUGGAACACCUGAAACUUCUCUACAACACGAUCCUGCGCGAUCGGAAACUCCCCGGGCCGGCCUGGAAGCGCCACCAUGUGCAUUACCGCGAAAUUCCAGGAAAAUUAUGUACACUCACGACCAAAAUCCAGGAAUUGAAGCAACUGGUGGCAUCUGGCAAGACUGGGAAUGUGGAUUACUAUGGGCUGAUCGGAUUGAGGCGCGGGUGCUCGCGGUCUGAAUUGGAUCGGGCCCACCUGCUGCUCUCCCUGAAGCACAAGCCCGACAAGGCCGUGGGCUUCAUCGAGCGGUGUGAGUUCGCGGACGAGCAGGACCUCGAGUCUGUCCGGGACCGUGCGAGGAUGUCGGCAUUGUUACUGUACCGGUUGAUCCAGAAGGGUUAUAACAGCAUCCUGUCAUGCAUCCUGGAGGAGGAGGCGGCGGCGGAGAAGCAGCGAAAGCAAGCUGCCGCUGCUGCAAUCCAGGCAGCGGCGGCGAUGAAGCUCCAGCAGGCGCGGGAGAGCAACAAUCCGGAGGAGCCCAAGACGAACCAGGCCCCAAAAUCAUCCAUAGAAAGUGCGAAUUCCGCAAGCAAUAGGAUACCUCCUGGCGAGAACAAGAACGCCACCGCUGCGGCGGGAGCCAACGGGACGAUGUUUCAAGGGGUUUUUUGCCGUGAUCUCGCAGCGGUCAGUAGCUUGUUGUCUCAGGUUGGGAUCAAUCGUCCGCUUCCGGUGAAGUACGAGGCCCUGAGUUGCUGAUACGUUUUGCUCCUUUAGCUAUGAGCUUACGGUCUAUAUAGGGAUUCUUGACCGGCACCUGAAAAAAAGGGGUGGAAGGAAGAAACACCAGACCAGUUUCGUCCAUUUGUACAAAGUAAAAAAGGAAGUCGGAUCUUGCCGGGAAAAAUUUUGUUAGUUUCUGCUAUAUGAACAUCUCAUGCAUAUGUACAGAAUUUUUCACUAUCGAACUAGUUCCAUUUUGAAUCUC